AUGGCUGAAUCCUCAAAUGAAUCAGAAAUGGAUGCACCUUUUGUCAAUGAUACGAUAGAAUCAAUGACAGAUGAAAUUGUAGAAAUUUUAGAUCUCGACGAUAGUGAAAGUAAAGGUCAAAUUAUUAAUGAUUUGUUCGAAAACGGUCGACAAUCAUUGGUUAAAUAUGAAGAAGAUAUUAUAUGCGAAAAAUAUAAAGAUGUAAUGAAUGGCAGGGAGAACAAAAUGAUGUGUUUAUUAAAAAA